AUGGUUUGCUGUCCUAUACAUCUCGGUCAGCUGUUCCCUUCAUGGGCCGACUUCAAAGAAGCAAUCCAGGAUUGGUCCAUCGCCGACAAAUUCCAGUUCAAGUCUCUACACAAAGAUCGAUCUCGUGCCGACAUAAGGUGUCGGACGCGUACGAAGAAAGAACCCAAUCACAAUUGCCAGCGUGCAGAGCGAGCGGCAGCGAAACGCGAGACGUGCAACAGCCAAUCGUGGCUCAAACGACAUGUACCGAAGCACCUAAUUGUCACGAGAGAAACACGACCAGAGGAGAUACAGGACGUAAUAAAGAGCUAUUACGGGGUGGAUAUCAACUACCAGGCGGCGAAUGACGUGAAGAACACACUAUCCAAGCAGUACAAAGUCAAGAUGGUACAACCAAACUUACCAGCAUAUCUCUAUCCUCCUCACAUCGACCCUCAUCCAAACAACGAUAUCGGAGUGUGGUUUAAAGACGCUUCGGCUGCAUAUCUUGGCAGGGACUCCCGCCAAGCGAAUAGCUCAACGACCACCUCGAAUAGCUUUAAACGUUUCUUCCAACAGAACUCUUGUAUCCCGUCACCAUCCACGAUAGAUACAAAAGAUGUCGAACCAAACGCCAAACUCCGCCUCUCUAACCCUACGCGCGAAAAACGGAUCCACCACUGUCAAAACAAAGACAACAUCGUCACGCCCAUUUCCGACAGCGCAGACGAAAUCAUUCUCGGAGCCCCCAUCGACCAAGCCGACCUAAGCAAGGGCUUCCAAACAAUCCAGAACCAAGACAAGAAGCGAACCACUGUGCAGGAUGCAGGAUUGAAGGAUGUAUCUGUCAUUGGCUACAAGGUCGGGGAAGAUGCGGAUUUUAGCGUGGAGGUUCCAAGCGACGACUUUGAUGAUUCGCAGCAGGAGUAA